AUGACUUUUCGACGUCGAGUUUCUGUGGUGUGCUGUUUCAAGACGCUGGUAAAAAAUCUCUUUGGUCUGUACAUCUUUGUCUUCCGUCGGAGCAUGGGCGCAAGUACAGCAUUUUUUCUUGCCAUUUAUGCUACACCGGUUACAUCGGCAAUACUGCCACCCGAAUAUAAAGUGGCGUGUGAACACUUCGAUGAAAAUAAUUGUACAAAAAAUGGUGACUGUGCUGCCCGAAUAGAACAUUGUAAAAUUGAUUCGGAAAAGCCGCCAAGUUGUUAUGUUUUAUGGUCAAAGGAUAAAGUAACGGGUGAAGAGCGCAUUAAAAUGAAGGGUUGUUUUAGCCACACUGCCGAAUGCAACCAAACGAAAUGUGUGGCAAGCAGUGAGCCACGCAAAGAUAAUAUUUAUUUUUGCUGUUGCAAGGAUUCCAUGUGCAACAGAGAUCAUAAAUGGGAACCAACAACAACGGAGGCAACAACACAAGUUCCCAAAGAGAAAAAAUCCGAAGAUACCAAUUUAGUACUCAUCAUUAUUUGUUCCUGUGCUUUGGCUUUUUUAAUAACGACAACUGUUGGUCUAUUGAUUUGGUAUCGACGACAUAAACAAGAGAAUUUCAAUGACGUGCCCACAAAUGAGGCUGAAAUAACCAAUACCUCGCCGCUACUUAGUAAUAGGCCCAUACAACUGCUGGAAUUAAAAGCCAGUGGCCGUUUUGGUGAUGUUUGGCAAGCCAAGUUGCACAAUCAUGAUGUGGCAGUGAAAAUCUUUAGAAUGCAAGAGAAAGAAUCAUGGAAUACCGAAUUGGAGAUAUAUAAGUUACCCCGUAUGCGGCAUCCAAAUAUUUUAGAAUUUCUCGGGCAUGAAAAACACACCGAAAACAUUCAGCAUGAAUUUUGGCUUAUAUCAGCCUAUCAGCACAAUGGUUCAUUGUGUGAUUAUCUAAAAUCACAUACGAUUACCUAUCAACAAUUGUGUCGCAUUGCCGAAUCGAUGGCAUGCGGUUUGGCACAUUUGCACGAAGAAAUUCCAGCCAGUAAAACUGAAGGUUUAAAACCGUCCAUUGCCCAUCGUGAUUUUAAAUCGAAAAAUGUUUUAUUGAAAAAUAAUUUGACAGCGUGUAUUGCGGAUUUUGGUUUGGCCAUGAUAUUUGAACCGGGUAAACCAUGUGGUGAUACCCAUGGUCAGGUGGGUACCAGACGUUAUAUGGCUCCAGAAGUUCUGGAGGGUGCCAUUAAUUUUAAUCGUGAUGCUUUUCUUCGUAUUGAUGUUUACGCCUGCGGAUUGGUGUUGUGGGAAAUGGUAUCACGCUGUGAUGCCACGGGACCAGUUGGUGAAUAUUUACUGCCAUUUGAAGCAGAGUUGGGUCAAAGACCUACUUUGGAUGAGGUGCAGGAAAAUGUGGUUAUGAAAAAAUUACGUCCACAAAUUCUUAAUUCUUGGCGUUCACAUCCGGGAAUUAGUAUUAUUUGUGAUACAAUGGAGGAAUGUUGGGAUCACGAUGCUGAAGCACGUCUUUCGUCAUCGUGUGUAAUGGAGCGGUUUUCACAAUUACAAAAAUAUCCAGUAACACCGUUUGUAAUAAAAAAUAAUACAAACAAUUGUAGUACGGUGGAUAUAAAAGAAUCGAAUAUAAUAGAGACCAAUUCAUAGGAUUGGU